AUGGGUGCUACAAAAAUGUUCCUAUACAUAACUUUUCUAGUUCUUUUACUUUCUGUAACUUGUUUUGCACGACCAAUGACACGAAGUCAAGAGCAACAGUUUUAUAUUCGUCAAUUGCUCGAUUUCUUAUUCGAUCAAAAACGUGAUGAUGGAAGUUAUGGACAAAAUUCUGGUGGCCCUGUUGCUAGUAUUGACGGUUAA